CAAAGGCCUGUGGGAGCGACCCGGGAGGAAGAGGGUGAAGAUGGCGGAAGCAACGGAGUCUCCAGGAGACCCGGGGACAGCGUCAUCCAGACCCCUGUUUGCAGGCCUUUCAGAUAUAUCCAUCUCACAAGAUAUCCCAGUGGAAGGAGAAAUCACCAUUCCUAUGAGAUCUCGGGUUCAGGACUUUGACAGUUCUACAUUAAAUGAAUCUGUUCAGAAUACCAUCAUGCGUGAUUUAAAAGCUGUUGGGAAAAAAUUCAUGCAUGUUUUGUACCCAAGAAAAAGUAAUACUCUUUUGAGAGAUUGGGAUUUAUGGGGCCCUUUGAUCCUUUGUGUGACACUGGCAUUAAUGCUUCAGAGAGGCUCUGCAGAUAGUGAAAAAGAUGGAGGGCCCCAGUUUGCAGAAGUCUUUGUUAUUGUCUGGUUUGGUGCAGUUACUAUCACCCUCAACUCAAAACUCCUUGGAGGAAACAUAUCUUUCUUUCAGAGCCUCUGUGUCCUGGGUUACUGUAUACUUCCCUUGACGGUGGCAAUGCUGAUUUGUCGGCUCGUACUUUUGGCUGAGCCAGGACCGGUAAACUUCAUGGUCCGGCUUUUCGUGGUGAUUGUGAUGUUUGCCUGGUCCAUAAUAGCCUCUACAGCCUUUCUUGCUGAUAGCCAGCCUCCAAAUCGCAAAGCCCUUGCUGUGUAUCCUGUUUUCUUGUUCUAUUUUGUCAUCAGUUGGAUGAUUCUCACCUUUACUCCUCAGUAAAUCAGGAAAUGGAAAUUAAAGACCAGUGAAUUGAAAGCUCAUUGGAAUGAUGCAAUUCACCAUGGAGCUUUGCCUCUGAGCCUCUUUUGUCAAUUUUGGAGAUUAUUUGGUAACUAGGUAGAUGAAGAGAUUAAAAGGGAGUCAUAUUAGCACCAUCGCCACUUACGUAAGGAGCCGACGUUUGAAAAACUGCCCUUUUCCUCUUAAAUGUUAUUUCUUUAAAAUACAUGCACAAAGUACACAGUACAAUGCCUCCUGAGGCAUGAUGGAGUUACUGUGGUUCAUUUGGGUGACAACCAAUGUCUCGGGAAGCACAUAGAUACAUACUGCAAGUUGAAUAGAGUUAGUAACUGUAUUUCCAGUUUCGAGAAUACCAUUUCAGGUGCAACUUUUAAUCAUACUGCCUUAUGACUAUUUGAAUAUCCCUCUCUUCAUGAACAAGAAUGUAUAGUCUGUGUCCAUUUUGAUUUAUUUCUGUAUCUUAAAAGGCAAUGACAGAGCUUGGGAAGAUAUGCAUACAUAUGGGAGGAGAAAGCAUGUGUUAACAUAGAUUCAGAUGAUGAUCAGAGAAAAUUUUGUACUUGUUGCUUUAAGAAAAGUGAAGGCCAUCUAAAGAAUCAGCCUGUUCUCUCUUUUUGUAUGUUGUUGUUGUUAGGUGCCAUUGACUCAGUUCUGACUCAUAGUGACCCUGUGUACAACAGAGUGAAACACUGCCCAGCCCUGUGCCAUCCUCACAAUCAUUAGUAUGCUUGAGCCCAUUUUUGCAGUCACUGUGUCAAUCCUCGUUGCGGGUCUUCCUCUUUUUUGCUGACCCUCUGUUUUGCUAAGCAUGAUGUCCUUCUCCAGGGACUGAUCCCUCCUGAUUAACAUGUCCAAAGUACGUGAUACAAAGUCUCACCAUCCUUGCUUCUGUGGAGCAUUCUGGCUACACUUCUCUUCUAAAACAGAUGUGUUCCUUCUUCUGCCAGUCCAGGGUAUUUAGUGUAUUCUUCACCAACACCAUAAUUCAAAGGUGUCAAUUCUUCUUCAGUCUUCCUUAUUCAGUGUCCAUCUUUUGCAUGCGCAUAAGGCGAUUGAAAACACCAUGGCUUAGGUGAGGCACACCUUAGUCCUUGAAGUGACGUCUUUGCUUUUUAAUACUUUAAAGAAGUCUUGCAGCAUAUUUGCCCAAUGCAAUGUGUCAUUUGUUUUUUUGACUGCUGCUUCCAUGGGUGUUCAUCCAAGUAAAACGAAAUCCUUAACAACUUCACAAUUUUCUCUAUUUAUCAUGACGUUGCUUCUUGGUCCAGUUGUGAGGAUUUUUGUUUUGUUUAUGUUGGGGUGCAAUCCGUACUGAAGGCUGUGGCCUUUGAUCUUCAUCAGCAAGUGCUUCAAGUCCUCUUCACUUUCAGCAAGGAAGGUUGUGUCAGCUCCAUAAUGUAGGUUCCUAAUGAGUCUUCCUCUAAUCCUGAUGCCCCAUUCUUUAUAUAGGCCACCUUCUCUGAUUAUUUGCUCAGUAUACAGAUUAAAUAAGUAUGUUGAAAGGACACAACCUAGAUGCACACCUUUUCUGACUUGAAACCAUGCAGUAUCCCCUUGUUCUGUUUGAAUGACUGCCUCUUGAUCCAUGUACAGGUUCCACAUUAGCACAAUUAAGUGUUCGGGAAUUCCCAUUCUUCACAAUGUUAUCCAUAAUUUGUUAUGAUCCACACAGUCGAAUGUCUGCAUAGUCGGUAAGACACAGGUAAACAUCUUUUCUGGUAUUCUCUGCUUUCAGCCAAGAUCCACCUGACAUCAGCAAUGAUGUCCCUUGUUCCAUAUCUUCUUCUGAAUCUGCCUUGAAUUUCUGGCGGUUCCCUGUCAAUGUACUGUUGCAACCGCUUUUGAAUGGUCUUCAGCAGAAUUUUGCUUGUGUGAUGGUAAUGAUACUGUUUGAUAAUUUCCACAUUCGGUUGAAUCACCUUUCUUUGGAAUAGGCAUAAAUACGGAUCUUUUCCAGUCGGUUUGCCAGGUAGCUGUCUUCCAAAUUUUUUGGCAUAGAUGAGUGAGUACUUCCCGUGCUACAUCCGUGUGUUGAAACAUCUCAGUUGAUAUUCGGUCAAUUCCUGGAGCCUUGUUUUAUGCCAUUGCCUUCAGUGCAGCUUGGACUUCUUCCUUCAGUACCACUGGUUCUUGAACAUAUGCUACCUUCUGAUAUGGUCAAACUUCAACCAAUUCUUUUUGGUACAGUGAUGUGUAUUCUUUCCAUCUUCUUUUGGUGCUUCCUGUGUUGUUCAACAUUUUGCCCUUAGAAUCCUUCACUAUUGCAACUCAAGGCUUGAAUUUUUUCUUCAGGUUUUUAGCUUGAGAAAUGCUGAGCGUGUUCUUGCCUUUUGGUUUUCUAACUCCAGGUCUUUGCACAUGUCAGUAUAAUACUUUAUUUUGUCUUAACGAGCCACUCUUUGAAAUCUUAUGUUCAGCUCUUUUACUUCAUUUCUUCUGUUUGCUUUAGCUACUUGACAUUCAAGAGCAAGUUCAGUCUCUUCUGAUACCUAUUUUGGUCUUUUCUUUCUUCUCUUUUUCAUGACCUCUUGCUUCGUGUAUGAUGUCCUUGAUGUCAUUCCACAACUCAUCUGGUCUUUGGUUGUUAGUCUUCAGUGAGUCAAAUCUAUUCUUGACAUGGUCUCUAAAUUCAGGUGGGAUAUACUCAAGGUCGUACUUUGGCUCUCGUGUACUUGCUCUAAUUUUCUUCAGGUUCAACUUGCAUAUGAGCAAUUGAUGGUUUGUUCUGCAGCCGGCCCCUGGCCUUGUUCUGACUGAUGAUAUUGAGCAUUUCUAUCGUCUCUUUCUACAGAUGGAAACCCUGGUGGCUUAGUGGUUAAGAGUUUGGCUGCUGACCAAGGUUUGCAGUUCGAAUCCACCAGGCACUUCUUGGAAACUCUAUGAGGAAGUUCUACUCUGUCCUAUAGGGUUGCUAUGAGUUGGAAUCUACUCAACGGCAACAGGUUUGGGUUUUGGUUUGGCUUUCCACAGACGUAGUUGAUUUUGAUUCCUGUGUAUUCCUUUGAGCGAGGUCCAUGUAUAUAGUAGCCAUUUAUGUUGUUGAAAAAAGGUCUUUAUAAUGAAGUCGUUGGUUUUUCAAAAUUCUACCAUGGAUCUCUGGCAUCAUUUCCAUCACCAAGGCCAUAUUUUUCAACUACUAUUCCUUCUUCUUUGUUUCCAACUUUUGCAUUCCAGUCAGUAGUAAUUAUCAAUGCAUCUUGAUUGCAUGUUUGAUCGAUUUCAGACUGCAGAAGUUGGUAAAAGUCUUCAAUUUCUUCAUCUUUGGCCUUAGUGGUUGAUACAUAAAUUUGAAUAAUAGUCGUAUCAACUUGUUAUCCUUGUAGGCGUAUGGAUAUUAUCCUAUCACUGACAGUGUACAUUAGGAUAGAUCUUAAAAUAUUCUUUUUGUAUUGUCACCUUUUUGCCAUGCUUAACAGCACCUUGGUGGCACUCUAGUUUUUUAUCUGGCUUCUUCUGAAUAUGCAAGCUAAGGUAUUAGUAGUCAACAUGUAACUUUCCUUUGACUAAUGCUCUCAAUGGAAUAAUGUUUGAAUUUACACAAGUGGAAGACCUCAUAAAUUUAGAUUGGUAAGUCUCCAGUGCAUAGUAUCAUACAGGAACUUUCUCUUAAGGGUGGAAUGAGACAGUUUGGAUACAGCAUAAUUAUAGGGAACUCUUCUUCAUUAUUCUAUGUAGUCUGGCCUCUAACUAGAAAGUAAAGCUAAAUUAGAAGCCUGCAUUCAACCCUGUGAACAUGGAGGGAUUUAGUGUCCUGAUGGCUGAUUAACAGCACAACUAGAAGCUUAGAGCAUGAUGUAGGUUGAGUUGGGCUUUUCAUAGUGGGCUUAGCAGUUUUUUCAUUAGAUGUGCUUUUUAGGUUGGAGAAUAGUAAUUUAUUUCCUUGACUUUAGACUUCAUUUUUAAAGCUAGUUAACUUUCCUUUACAUAAAUACUUUUUGCACAUGUAUACUGUCCUAUAGGGUCACUAUGAGUCGGAAUCGACUCGACGGCACUGGGUUUUGGGUUUUUACCUACUUAUACACUCAGCCACUUAUAUACACAAGUGUGAAGGCUUUUCAGGGAGCAUAGGAUCUGGGACAGGCUGAUUGUGAGCUAAACAGAGCUCCUUUGAAGUAGUAUGAGCUGCUGCCUUCUAUGAAUUGUACAUCGAAGGACUCUAAUAGACAAAGAUUAGGAGUCAGGCAGUAAGCAUACAUUGUAAAUAUACAGUUACUUAUAAAUACAGGAAUUUCCUAUUUUACAUUUUUCUUUAUCAUAAAAUUAGAAUAUUCAUUUUGUAUUUAAAGACUGCCUACACAUAGAUAUAUAAUUUUAACAACAUAUUUUCUCUAUCCAGAUUGACCAAGUUAGGACAACUGGGUCCUUGGAUUGAUAUUCAACAACAAAGCACUGCAAAGUAGAUCCCCUGUUUUCCAGCCGUGUGCAUAAUUCUUGGUUAUUUGUAUUUAUUGCAUUUUAUCCUUUAAAUUUUAAAACAAACCCUUGUGAGGAUAACGCCAAUGUUUCAGUCUUGAAUUGGUAAAGAAAAUAUUUUAAAACUGGUCCUAACUUUAAAAUUGAUCCUAAAUUAUCCAUUUCCAUUGCCUGGCAUUUUCUAACUUCCCACUAAAAACAUCUCCCUUCCAGAAUUGUUCCAUGAUCUGUCCCAAUGAUUUUAAUAUAAAAUCAAUGAAAUAAUCAGGUAUAGAUUAUUACUUUCUCAAAAUGGGAUUAAGCCUGUACUGAAUUUUACUCAGGCUAUGUAUUUGGUCAGAUGUUCCUAAGGCCGUGACUUUGGGGGUGUGUGUGUGUGUGCAUGUGCGUGUGUGUGUGUGUGUUUUACACAUAUUGACUAUCAAGGCACCCUUUUUAUGUGUAUUGUCGUUCUUGGGUGACUUAGGAAGUAGAUUUUAUUUGAUUUAAAUGGAGGUAGAUACAGGCUUAAUUAUCUUUUCCUGAAAGUGAGUGGUCAAUUUGAGGGCAUUAAUAAAUGUUUUCUUAAUAUAUGCAAAAAAGGGUGUUGCUUUCUGUGACAGAAGUUAAGACCUGAGUGUCUGGAAGUUGUAACUGUCAUCACAGUUUCUCCUAAUUUGCUGCAAAGGCACAUGGCCGAUUUUAGAAACGAGGACUGCCACAGAAAGGAAAACCCUAUUCCAGGAAUUAGGAAGUUUUCUGCUUCAGAUGAAAUUCAGGUUUGUGAGCAGCAUUGCAGAAUGUGGUGCGUCACUGUUACAUGGGUUAUCACUUGCUAUUCCUACUUCUGACACUGAGACUCUGGGGCCAUAUUCUUUAGCAAUAGGAAGGAUGAAGACCAGACUUAAUCGCUGUUCAGAUUAUAAAAACUCAACUGAUGCCAUCAUAUUUUUACAUGGGUUAUCACUUGCUAUUCCUACUUCUGACACUGAGACUCUGGGGCCAUAUUCUUUAGCAAUAGGAAGGAUGAAGACCAGACUUAAUCGCUGUUCAGAUUAUAAAAACUCAACUGAUGCCAUCAUAUUUGAAUGUGCAAUGUAGUCAUAAAAGUCAACCGUUAAUUCUCACACCUUUUGCCUCUUAAGAGUUUUAUUACACGAACUGAAUUUGAUCCUUUCAUUGUGGCAGGGUUUUUUGUUGUUGGGUGAGGUGGGGGCCACAGGGCAUGGGACUGGUAAGCGUUUUACAGUUUAUUGUAAUUUGGAUCUCAGUGUGGUGCAAAUGGGUUGACAUGUUCAACUGCUAACUGAAAGGUUGGAGGUUCAGGUCCAUCCAGAGGUACCUUGGAAGAAAGGCCUGGCAGUCUACUUCCGAAAAAUCAGGUAUUAAAAACUCUGAAGUACAGUUGUAUUCUGACAUACAUGGUGUCACCAUGAGUUGGAAUCGACUUAACAGCAACUGGUUGGUUCUGCGUCUUAUAAACAGCAUCCCCCAAAUGUGAUCGUGCUAGCAAGCCUGUAUUUGAAGACUUAAUUGUGUACUUUAUAUAAUCUAACUGCUUACUGUAUUUGGACUGCUUGUUUAUUCCUAGAGAUGAAAAUGAAAAUCUCCUGUCAGUUCAAGUUCUUGGGUAACAUAAGUCAUAGGAAUUUCUGUAAAGUUUAUCAAGAAUUGAUAAGACGUAGAACACUGAAAAUGUGAUUCUUUAAUUAGACUGUUAGUUUCUGAGACAGCUUAGAUAAGAAAUAAAUGUUUGAAUGUUAAUCCAUGUAUGUAAAUUAGAAACACUUUUCUAGAUUCCAUGGAGUUUUAUUAAAAAUAGAGAAUUUCCAGGGAUUUACUUAGGCCAUAGCAUGGCCAAAUAAUAACAAUAAUAUUACUAAUAAUAAUAGCUAACAUGUAGUGGGCACUUGCUGCGUGCCAGGCACUAUUCUGUUUUUUUUAAGAAUUUUUUUUAUAACAUUUAUUGAGAUAUCCCAUAAGAUCCACCCUUUUAAAGUCUACAAGUCAGUGGUUCCUAGUAUUUUCAGGUAGUUGUACAACCGUCACCACUAAUUUUAGAACAUUUCAUCACUUCACAAAGAUACUCCCUACCCAUUAGCAGUCACUCCCCAUUCUCCCACCAGCCUCUGGCAAACACUUACCUACUUUCCAUCUCUAUGGAUUUGGCCAGGCACUAUUAAGUGCUUUUCAUGCGUCUCCUCUAUUCCUUACAACAUGAGGUGCUACAAUUCUUAUUUUAUAGGUAGGAAAUUGAGGCACAGAAAGGUUAAGUAACUUGCUCAAGGUCACACAGUAAAUUAAUUUAAAAUAGGAAUAACUCACUAGGUGAGAGCGUAAAAACCUGUUGCCCUGGAAUCCAUUCAGACUCAUAGUGACUCUAUAGGACAGAGUAGAGCUAACUGCCCCAUAGGGUUUCCGAGGAGCAGCUGGUGGAUUCAAACUGCCGACCUUUUGAUUAGCAGCCUCAGCAGCUGAGCUCUUCACCAUUAGGCCACCAGGGCUAGUAGGACACAAUUUUGAAUUGCAUUGUUAUGCACAUGAAAUGAAUGCACCCCUCCCCAGGGUAUGUUUACUGAGGUAGUCAUUGCCCUCCUGGACUGAAUGGAGGUAGGUAAAGAGCUUUUGGUCUUUUUGCUGAGUAAUGGAACGCUAUAUUAGCAGCAUCUGAGAAUACAAGAGCAUUUGUGCACUGGAUAGAGUUAGGUUUGCUCCCCUCACCCCUCCGCAAGCCCCUUUACUCUCCCUUGCCCUUCCACCACCACCGCACACAUCUACCCCUCCUCUUUUUCUCAAAAUCUUAAGAAUCAAGUGCCUUCUGCCUCUUUUUAAUUCCCAAAAGAAUGGUUAAUGCACGAGAAUUUCACUUAUAGAUUCAGGUGUUUAUGGUUAAGGGAUGCAUCUGGUCACUUACAGUACCAGUUAAUAUUCCUAAAACCCCAGAGAGCAGUAGUUUAAGAAUGGAAUGCCUUUUUAUUUGGGAUUAACUAGGUGGGAGGAAGAAAUAACAGAGUAACGGCUUCAGCUUAAUGAAGUCAGUGUUCCUGCCUGGUAGGAAGUGACCACACACUGCUCUUACUAACUCUGUUCUCUUUCUUUCGAAGCUUUUGUAUUCUGUACUACCAUUGCUGGUAGUUUCUUGGUCCACUUCAAUGCUCAAUUUAAUCCUGGUUUUUGCUAUAAAUAAUAAACCUGUGAAAAGAAAAAAAUCUGAAAAAUGACUUGUGAAUGUUAAAUGUGCAAAUUAAAAAAAAUAAAAACCACACACACACUAGAAAAGGAGAUUUUGUGUGUCCCUAUCCUCGUGCUGAAAGGUGUAGAUAUUUGCUGCAUACUGUUUUCAGAUAUAGUAUCAGACAAUAUUGAAUUCUGUAUAGGAUUGCACAGGAAGCAUGGUUCUUAUAUUUAGUAUCACAGAAAAUAUCAAAGUAAUCAGUAAUAAUAGGAGGAAGUUUUUGAAAUAUGGGUAGAAUUUGUAUCAUUCCAGAGAAAAGAGCUAUGUACGCAGCUCAUUCUUAGUAAACAUUUGUCAGGUUGGGCAACAUGUAGCUUGCCUGAUCCAGUUUCAUACUUGAGGAUUUUUAGAAAUACAAUUGCUCUGAGUGUCAGCUCUCUAAAAAGUGUGCAGCUGGUAAUCCUAUCAGGAAAUGGGUCCCUGAUAGGAUCAGAAUAUGGAGUCCUUCCCUGCUCUGUCAUAUCCCCUUUUCCUGAAGCUUUCAUUUGGCUCCACACAGAAAUGCUUGUAAAGAUACGCAGCAUGUGGUCUACAGAUGAGGUGAAUAUCAAGAGGAAAAAAUUCUACAGCAUCUUAUCUUCAUUAAUUUAGUAUUUUCAGGGAAGGUGAUUGGGGUGGAGAUCAAAAGGAUCUAAUAUUUAUUCAAUGUUAGCUGUGUGCCAAGCACUGAGCUAGGCAUUCUACAUUUAUAAUCUCUAAUUGUACAACAUGUAUAAAUUUCUGGUUGCAAGUAGCAGAAACUCAAUUAAGCCUAAGCAAAACAAAAACAAACUCAAAACAGUAUUCAUUUAACUGGGAAGCCCAAGGGGGGCUGGAAUAGCUUUAGGCGCAACUGGAUAUAGAUGCUCAAACAAUAUCGCUAAAACUCUGUCUUCACCACCACUGACUGCUCUGACAGGGAUCACAAUAGUGGGCCCUGGAGAGAGCUGGAGAAAAAUGUAGUACAAAAUUCUAACUCAAAAAGAAAGCCCAGACUUGCUGGCCUGACAGAGACUGGAGAAACCCUGAGAGUGUGGCCCCCAGACACCCUUUCAGCUCAGUAACGAAGUCACUCCUGAGGUUCACCCUUCAGCCGAAGAUUGGACAGGUCCGUAAAACAAAACGAGACUAGAAGGGCACACCAGUCCAGGGGCAGGGACUAGGAGGCAAGAGGGAACAGGAAAGCUGGUAAUAGGGAACCCAAGGUUGAAAAGGGAGAGUGUUGACAUGUCGUGGGAUUGUUAACCAAUGUCAUAAAGCAAUGUGUGUACUGACGAUUUAAUGAGAAACUAGUUUGUUCUGUAAACCUUCAUCUAAAGUGCAAUAAAAAAUUUAAAAAAAACAAACAAAAAAAA